GUCGAUCUGUCGGAGGAAGCUGAUCGUUUCAGAGAGUCAUGAUGUCUGAUUCCAGGGUGUCCUCUGUCAUUCAGGAGUGGGCCAGCUCGUACCCGGGCCCGGCCCACAGCCAGCCCCUGAACCCUAGCAUGAGCAACCAGCUGGCCCAGAUGGACAUGCUGCAGUACCAGGCCCCGGGGCUGGGGAGGGGGGGCGGGGAGGACCGGGGGUCUGAGACCAUGAUGGGCAUGUCCUACCUGCCGUACUCGUCCUCCUGCCUCAGCAGCACCUCCAGCUCCAACCACCACCAGAGCCACGCCGCCACCCAGCAGGACUUCUCGUCCUUCCUGCUGCCGGCGCUGCGGGCCCCGGUCAACAAGCGCAGCAUCAGUAAGGACAGUCCGGAGUACCGGCAGCGCCGCGAGAGGAACAACAUCGCUGUGAGGAAGAGCCGGGACAAGGCCCGGCGCAGGAUCGUGCUGACCCAGCAGAGGGCCAUGCAGCUGCAGGAGGAGAACCAGAAGCUGCAGAUGAGGAUGGGACAGCUGACUCAGGAGCUGGACACUCUCAAACACAUCCUGUCACAGCGCCACCUGCAGGGCCCCGAGGACGCAGCAGCAGGGGACGCCUCCAUCUAG